AUGAGACCCAAUCGCACGAGAGAAGAUGUAACGGACACCGAAGACGCGGCAUAUUGGUCGGACCGAGUCCGCUCCUUCAAGCUCUCAUUCUCCUUUGAGCUAGGUACUCUUUCUAGGCUGCGAUUCUCUACCUAUCUGACACUGCAUUUCUACGAUUCAAAUACUACCCGUCUCCUCCAGCGUCUCCGUCUCCAUCUCCUCAUGCAAGCAUUUCUGCGUCGCUUUUUCUGUCUCCCAAAGAAGCCAACCUCCACACGCAAACCCUUUUCCACAUCUCACAGAAUGUCAAGCUCGGGAAUAGCUGUCUCGCUCUAUGCAGCCACAAUAUCUCCAGCCUCGGUCACUGGAGCUGAGCCUGAGGAAGCCAAAGACAAGCUGCAUCACCUGAAAGAUGGCAAGGGUUUCACUAAUCCAUGGGAUAGCUGGAUUGAACUAUCUGGUUCAAGUAUCGCGAAGGCGAUGAUAAUGCGCCGCCUCAAAGGCACUGCAAAUAGACCUGAUACCACCCCUCCAACAGUGACAGUUCGAAAGCCCGACUUCCUUCCUUCCAGAAGCACUGAUACCCUCCGAGCCACAUGGUUAGGUCAUGCCUGUUAUUUCGUGGAAUUUCCCGGAGGCUUCCGCGUCCUGUUCGAUCCAGUCUUCAGCGAGCGAUGCAGCCCGUUCACGUGGCUAGGUCCCAAGCGCUAUACGGACGUGCCCUGUCAAAUUGAAGAUAUCCCUACCAUUGACGCCGUCGUUAUAUCACAUAAUCAUUAUGACCACAUGGACCACCCUACUAUCACGAAGAUCAAGGCGAAGCAUCCAAAAGUCCACUUCUUCGUUCCGCUCGGCAACAAGAAAUGGUUCGCAGAGUCAGGCAUUAAUGAGGGUGUGACAGAGCUUGACUGGUGGGAGCAGCGAGACAUUGACUUGGCAACUUCCGCGAGCAAGCCUGCUGUGUCAAAAACAGAUGUUAAGUCGGACCUGGCAGAAGAGAAGAGCAUUUCCGCUCGCAUUGGAUGCCUACCGUGCCAGCACACAAGCGCCCGGACCUUAUUCGACAAGGGACUCACUCUAUGGGCUAGCUGGAGUGUAGAGAGCGGAGGUAAGAAAGUAUGGUUUGGAGGGGACACUGGCUACCGUGCUGUGCCCGAGCUCCCUAAAGGCGUCGAUGACUACGAUGAAGAGCACGUCUACCCACGUUGCCCCGCCUUCAAGGACAUUGGUGACCUUCGAGGACCGUUCGACCUUGGCCUCAUCCCUAUUGGCGCAUACGAUCCCCGCUGGGUUAUGUCACCUAUGCAUGCAAAUCCGUUUGACAGUGUCGAAAUCUACAAGGACACAAAAUGCAAGCGAGCUAUGGGUAUACACUGGGGAACUUGGGUGUUGACAGAGGAAGAUGUGCUCGAACCACCUCAGCUGCUCAAAAAAGCUCUCACGAGAAGCGGCAUACCGGAUACAGGGGUGUUCGAUGUGUGUGAGGUCGGAGAGAGCCGACAGUUUUGA